GCCCGUGUGACGCCACUUCCGCUUCCUGCCGCGCGUGAGCACCACUUCCGGCUUAUUUUCUGGGCAGUUUCCGGCUUCUUCUUUGACGUCGGCGGUUGUUCGUCGCGAGUGGCGAGCCCGCGGAGCCGCAGCCAUGACUGAAGCGGAUGUGAAUCCAAAAGCCUACCCCCUUGCAGAUGCCCACCUCACCAAGAAGCUCCUGGACCUGGUUCAGCAGUCGUGUAACUACAAGCAGCUUCGGAAAGGGGCCAACGAGGCCACCAAGACCCUCAACAGGGGCAUCUCAGAGUUCAUUGUGAUGGCAGCAGACGCUGAGCCCCUGGAGAUCAUCUUGCAUCUCCCGCUGCUGUGUGAGGACAAGAACGUGCCCUACGUGUUUGUGCGCUCCAAGCAGGCCCUGGGCCGGGCCUGUGGGGUCUCGAGGCCUGUCAUCGCCUGUUCCGUCACCAUCAAAGAAGGGUCACAACUGAAGCAGCAGAUCCAGUCCAUUCAGCAGUCCAUCGAGAGGCUCUUGGUGUAACCGCGCCCUCCACGCCCUCCACGCCCUCGGGCUGACGGCUCCCCGCGCCUGAGGCCCUGUAUCAUAGUGUGUGUUAGUGUAGCAUUUUCAGCUGCUUUCUAUUAUAAAAUACCGUAGUAUGAAACCUGGUCUCUGCAUUUUUGUAUCUUGUUUACAGGGUUGUUUCUCCCCGUCUCCCUGCCAUCCUGUUCCCCCUCGUGAAUAAUGCAGUGAGGCGGCCCUCAGAGGCCGGAGGGGCAGCGGGGGAUCCUGGGAGUGAACACUGGCCACCUUGUGUCCCUGUGCCUGGCAUACGGAAUCCUUCCGUACCUGUUAGCAUGAGUGAGAAGCCGCCUUUGCUCUGUAGGGGAUCGUGUAUGACUGGGAAGAAAGCCUGGAUUCUGAGGUUGUUAGGCUCCUGUCCAAGCACUGUGUGCUCAUGUACCCCUGGUGUUUGCUCCUGGUGUGACAUUGUGUCCUCGACCCUGAGGGUGGCAUGGGGCUCCAUGCGGCUGGCUGAAUGAGACAGGCCUUUGACCUGGGACUUGAAGGAGUCAGGAGUGGCAGAGGGUCAGCUGGUGCUGAAUGAAGGAUUCUGGGAACGUCGUGGAGGCGUGGCUGGAAGCCACAGUGCAGCGGGUGGAAUCCCAGGAAACACCCUCUCUGGACGGGCCGUCUUCAGUGGACACGGGGCACUGGCUGAGCGCUCUCCUGCCACCGUGGGCCGUGGAUUCUUUAUCACGACAGCUAACAUGUUGUUCAUUGUGAGAUCUUAAUAAAAACAUGUUCAUAUUUCCAA